AUGCAUAUCAAGACAGGUACAUGGGAGGCCAGUAACACUGUGUGCGAGUCCGAUACCCUGUGCGACCCGGCGGUCCUGGUAGCGAGCGCCAACCCCGAGCCCCACAUCCGAAACCGUCGCCUGUCGCCCGGCAAUUGCGGCGGGGGCGGAGGAGGCCGCGUUUCGCCCGACCUGAUCGGACCGGGUUUCCGUCGAGAGAAGGAGCGCAAGGGCCCACAGUACAAAGGACGCGGAAUUCGGCGAGAGGGUAGCCAGAAGGGGCUGAACCGGGCCCAGAAGGAGAGGUGGGUGGAGGACAGUCUGUCGCUGCUCAAGCCCCCGCCCGCCUUCCCGGUGCAGGACAGUCCCGCCAAGCUGCAGCCAGCCGUCAGCUACGCCUCCAAGGUCAAGGCCAAAACUUCGAGCGGCGUGCUGGAAGACGAACGCCCCGCCAUCGGUGUUUUGCUCCAGAACCAAUGGGGGCUGAGUUUCAUCAGCGAAGCCCGGCCCGUCCAGGAGGGCGCGGACCCUCGCCCCGACGACGACUCCCUCGCGCCGGUCGACACGCCCCUCGCCGUCCGGCCCUUCGCUACCUCCGCCCCGGCCCCGCGCCACCUCCAGAUGGACGCGCGCAACGGGGAGCUGCUACUCAGUUGUCGUCACCUAGUGGAGGCGCUCAACUUCCACAAUAGAGAUCCAAAAAGAGUUAUGUGGUACAAGGACUUCCAGGAGCACCCGGCCUAG